AUGGAUGUCAAGAACAUACGAGAAUACAUGGGCUGGCUGUACUAUCAGUACCUCUUGAUCACGGGCAUCUACGUCCUGGAACCGUGGGAGAAGUCCAUAUUCAACACAGUCCUCUUCACCAUGGUGGCCAUGGUGGUCUACACCUCCUACAUCUUCGUUCCCAUCCACGUGCGGCUGGCACUGGAGUUCUUCUCAGGACUGUGCGGAGAGCAGCCAGAGAGUACUGUAGCACUUAUGAACUGA